AUGGAUGAAAUUACAUCAGGUUUGAAUAACUUAAAGGUUACAAGAACUGAAGUGGAAAAAUGUUAUCCUGGUUGUAGUAACAGUUAUGCUGAUGUUUAUGGUGAUCUAGUCUUAGAUGAAACAGAUGGGUUUUGUGAAAGAUUAACUUUUAAUGAUUUAAUCAAGAAACAAAAAGUUAAUUUCGAAACUUGUUGUGCAAUUUGUCAUGAUGAAUUAGAAAAUGAUUCAAAAUUGAUUGUCUUACCAUGUCAACAUUAUUAUCAUUUUGAAUGUAUUGAUGAAUAUAGAGUUUUUCAAAGAAGAGUAUACAGUUAUGAUAGAUCUUUAAAAUGUCCAUUAUGUCAAUUGGAUUUGGUCAAACACUACAUUUUCUAUACCACAAAGUCUUUGUAUCCAAAAACCAAUAAGUUCUACAAUUCUGAAUAA